AUGGCUGGAUUAAUUGACAAAAGAAAACGCAGCAGGGAAGAUGAUGUCUCCUGCGAUUCAACACCAUUAUCGAAACGCAUCAAUAAUUUGCAUUUAUCCAAUUUUGAAGAGGCUGCAGCUGGAGCAGCACCGGAGAACAACAACAAUCAUAUACAGCAGCACAUGUCUAAAGAAGCCAUGAAUAUGCAUCACCAUCAUCAUCAUGCCACAGCUGCUGCAACAAACAAACCUCAUAUGAAUGGUGUACCAAAUGUGGACACAAAUAAUGCCAUGUACCAUCCGGAAUUAAAUAAAUCGGAAAAUCCAUUUUACUAUGAUAAAAAUAAGCUAUUACAUGAACUACAUUUGGAACGUAUGAAACGGUGUACGGUUUAAA